AUUUCCGUCCUCGCUAUGUGUUGGGCUUGGCCAGAUGGUGGCCACGGUAGCAGUUCUCUGGGUGGGAAAGGCACUCAGGGUAGUAAAGUUUCCUGACUUUGACAGAAAUGUACCUCGAAAGACGUUUCCACUACCUCUACUAUAUUUUGGGAACCAAAUCACCGGACUGUUCAGCACAAAGAAACUGAACUUGCCCAUGUUUACAGUUCUGAGAAGGUUCUCCAUUCUGUUUACAAUGUUUGCUGAAGGAGCUCUACUCAAGAAGACUUUUUCUUGGGGUAUUAAGAUGACUGUAUUUGCAAUGAUUAUCGGAGCCUUUGUAGCUGCCAGCUCUGACUUGGCAUUUGAUCUGGAAGGAUAUGUUUUUAUUUUGAUCAAUGAUGUCCUGACAGCAGCAAAUGGUGCAUAUGUGAAACAGAAGUUAGAUUCGAAAGAGCUGGGAAAGUAUGGCCUGCUCUAUUACAAUGCACUGUUCAUGAUCCUUCCCACCAUGGCCAUUGCGUAUUUCACAGGAGAUGCACAAAAGGCGAUGGAGUUUGAGGGCUGGACAGACACGCUGUUCCUUCUGCAGUUCACUCUCUCCUGUGUGAUGGGGUUUAUCUUGAUGUAUGCUACAGUACUGUGCACUCAGUAUAAUUCUGCUCUCACCACAACAAUAGUUGGCUGCAUUAAGAAUAUAUUAAUAACUUAUAUUGGAAUGGUCUUUGGUGGAGAUUAUAUUUUCACAUGGACAAAUUUUAUUGGCCUAAAUAUAAGUAUUGCUGGAAGCCUGGUGUAUUCUUACAUCACUUUCACUGAAGAGCAGCUGAGCAAACAGUCUGAGGCCAAUAACAAGCUGGACACUAAGGGGAAAGGAGCCGUAUGACCUGAUGGCUGCCACUCAUGUACCCUGAAGACACUGAGGCGUCCAGACUCUGGGGCGUAAUAUUCCUUUGCAAUUGUAUGACCCUAGGAUUGAUUGUUGCCUUUGAAAAUUUAUUGACUAUAUGUUAACUAUGUUUGAAUUAAUUUAUAUCAGACUGGAAAAUGUUCUGGGUGGGUUUUAAUUUAUUUUUCUUCUCGAUGACAGUGAAACUUCAGUGUUUUGAAAUCUUCUGCCCUGUAGCUUGCUAUCCAGGUGACCCUGGUAGUGUAUACAAUGUGCUCCAGCUGUAGCUGCCUUCCAGUGGGCUGUGUCUGGAAGCGAUUUAGCUGGAAAUGCAGCCUAGGAUCUGAACUUUCUUCUUUUUUAAUUGCAUUAUCUUCAUAGUAUCACUACAUUUGCCAAAGGUGACAACUUUGGCAAUGAGAACACCACGAGGCUCUGAAGUGUUUUGCUUACCCGGGUUGUGUGGGGUGAGCAGAGUGUGCCUUGGGAUGUCUGAUUCUUCUUUGUUCAGUAGGAGAUAAGCAAGGGGUGGAGGAAGCUGGCCAUUACUCUGUUAGUCACUCAACAGUAAUGCAUCCGACAUACCUGUUGGGCGUUGUGCUGAGUGCAGGGAUGCAGAGAUGAGCUGGUGGUGGUUACAAAAGCUCAUUCCUGCCAUAGACUGAAUGUAAUAUGGAGAACUUGGUUCUCUGUCCAGCUGGAAAACUCUGGGACCGUGUGCUGGUCACUAUAGCCCUCUAGAACUGCAGGCCUGUGAGGUUAGAUGAACCUGACCUGCCUACUCCCCAGAGAUUUCAGAACCACGGUGAGACACUGAAAAGCUGUAGCCCCCCAUAUGGCAUAGCAGUGGCUCAGUCUCAUGCUUCUUCUAGAGAGGCAGAUAGUCGAGGUGGCUGCCAUCUCCCUCCCCAUGCCUUCAUUAUGUGGAUGCAGUUGCUACUCUUUGUAUUCCUGUUUGCAAGUCCUCAUGACAAGACCAAGGCCCAUGCUUAUGAACUGGUCAGUGUGAGGGAAGAGCAAGCUGGGUGUCUUUGUAUUGUUGGGACUUGAUCUCUUCCUGGCAGGAUCAAAGUCACUCCCUCAAGUGACAUGAAGCCAGCUCUCACCUACAAGCACACCCACCUGUACCCUCAGUCCUGGCAUGCACUUGAUGAGCAUCUCAGGUGGUUUCCCCAUUCUGAGAGAGCAGCUGGGAGUGGACAUGGCCUGAUGGCCCCAGGGAGGAGUGUUUGCCAGAGCUGGGUGCCAUGGCACAGAGACCUCACCUGCUAUGGAGGAGGGUGUGUUUGCUUGGGUCAGCAGAGUAGAUGACCUCUGCUUCCUUUGUGGGCAGUGGGCUGGAUGCUGCAAGCCUAAACAGCUUGGAUUUUUGUGUUUUAUUGGGGAGCAGGAGAGUUUUGAUUUUUUUUACCCACUAUUUGAAAUUUUCAUCUGUAGACUCCACCUUGAAUAUAAAUUAUAAGAAAGCACAUUUGCAAGUUUUCUGCAAUCUUGUAUCAGGAAUCUAGAAAGUUUUGGUCAGUAAAGCUGAGGCAGGGACUCCACAGAGUAUUAGUGUCUCUCUCUUGGUCAGUUCACAGUCAUGUUGAGGGCUUUAGGCCUGGGCACCUUUGCUUUCAUCAUUAGGGCUCUUAUAAUGACCUGUGUGUGAACAAAUAAAUAGGACAUAGUCUGGUACUCUCAGUGUAUAGUUGUUCAGCCAGAGGUCUGACCUUAGUUGAAAGGACACAAAUGAAAGAACUUGAUGGUUUUUAAAUAAGGCCUGCCUGUAGUUUUGGGUAACACUGAUUUUAGGCCCGUCCCAAAAGACCAGUGUUUCCAUUUCAGAGGACUUGGUCUUCGACCAUCUAGUUCAGAUGAGCCACGCUGCUCUCAGAACUGCCUACCCUGAUCUGGAUGCUCUUUCUUCCCACAUCUGUGUGAUGCUGGUUUCUCCCAUGAACAGGUUGUAAUGGAUUUCUUCCUCCCUGGGAAGAAAUACUGUGCCUUUUCCAUUGCAUAGGGCACACAGCAGGUGUAGGUCUAGCAUCCUUUCAUGGAGUACCAUGUUUGCUCAGUGCCCGCGGUUUAGGGCAGCAUGUCUCCUGAGAAGCACAAGCCUGUGCCUCCUUGCCUCCAGAUGCUUAGGUGAUGGUCUCUGUCCUCUAACCUUUUGAAAACACAAAACAAAAAUAUCCUCUGUAUAAAUAUAGCCACUGUGAUUCUGCUUUUUAAGAGGAAAAUUAUUUUCAUAUUAUGAUAGCAGUUUUGAAAAAGUGAAAACUAUUUUCUGUCUCAGUGGGAGACAGUUGCAAUUCAGAAUGGAGGUUCAGUGAAGAUUUAGCUGUCACCCUAAGGUAGUUUCCAGGCCUUCCUCCCCCUCCUCAGAAUAAAACACACUGGACUGGCUUUCUCAACCUCUGGGCAGCUCUCUGUAGUCUGUGAUGCCAUCACUUUUCCAAGCCUGCCGUCUACUCCUACUGGUCACCUUUCACAUUGUGGAAUGACAAGAGACUCUAGUGUUUUGUUUUUUUAAAUCUUCCUUUUGAAAGUAUUUUUUAAAAAGAAAUCUACUGGCUAGAUUUUAUUGUCUCACAGAAAUGUUUGUAGAGAUUAUUUUGUUCACAGAUGUUUCUUUCUCGGGCUAAGGACUGACUUGCCCACAGGUGUCUGCCUCUCACAUGUUUCUUCAAAAUAAAUUUUAUUUACCAAUUUACUUAGUGUUUUUAAAAGGUACUGAGUAUUGAGGUAUGUAAAUCAGGUGACAUAAACAUGAAAAAUCAUGUGCCUAAGUAUUUUUUUAAUGAUGUCAAAUAAAUACUUUUUCUGGAAAA